AUGAGUUUACGAUACGAUUGGUAUCAGUCCAGGGACUUUGUCACCAUCGACCUUUUUAUUAAAACGACCAAAGAAAACAUCGCAGUGAGUUUCAACGAGAAGGACGUUGUAAUAACUGUCAAGAAUAAUGACAAAGACAUCGUACAAACCUUUAUGAAUUUGUAUGGGUCAUACCAACCAACGCUUUCGACUUUCACUGUCGGCCGAGUGAAAGUCGAAAUCAAAUUGAAAAAGAGUGACAAUUCGAAUUGGGACAACUUAACUCAAGACGCAAUACAGCAUCACCCAACAGUAGUGACAAAAGACUGGGACGCUGUUAACAAACAGUUAGAUGAAGAGCUUAAGACGGACCCCAAAAAUGAGAGUCCCGAGGAUUUUUUUAAACAGCUCUAUUCCAAUGCAACCCCGGAACAACAACGAGCAAUGAACAAAAGUUAUCAACAGAGUGGAGGGACAUCAUUGAGUACCAAUUGGGGGGAUAUUGGGAAAAAGGAUUUAAAGUGUGAGCCUUUAGAAGGUGCUGAAGUGAAACAAUGGGGAAAGGAUUAA